CAUUUUCUUUUCCAUUAAAAUAAAAAAAAAUGAAAAAUUGAUUUUCUGAGAGUUGUUGCAUGUAAACUAUUUCUCCAAAUCGUUUGAUUUCAUAUGAAGAUUGUGUAAAGAUGAAAUUGGGAUUUUAUAGAUGGUCUCGCUAAAUGAAUUUGGAUUUUGGUGAUGGUUGUCUGAAUUUGUUGCAUGCAUGUGGUUUAGAUUCUUUACAGAUCCACAAAUGGCUUCUCUUCGGGACUUCGUAGGAGACUAUAUGCUUGAUUCUAACAGUGAAGAAGAUAGGAAAAAUGAAUUUUAUCCCCAGGAAUUACUUUCAUGGCCUAAAGAAUUCAGUAGCUGGAAUCAAAAAUUUGAAGAUGUUAAGUCUCUCUGUGAGUUGCGCGGAUCCGAACUACCCACUUUGGAAGAAUAUGAUGCCGUCGAACGAUGUGUUAAUCAAUGUUAUCUCUCCAUUAACCCAUGGGGAUGGAAUUUAAACAUUCCGGAUACUUUGAAAGAUGAUUACGAUGUUUUUCGUGAUUUGAUUCUCUGGGACAAGGCGAGGUUGGCUGGAAAUUGGGUAGGGGCAAGAGCUUCGCUCCCAAGAAAACCAAUGAAUGAAGUUGUUGGGAAGUUUGAUGAUAUCAUGACAAGAUUUAUUGAAUUGAUGAAAAAUGCAGACAUCUGAAGAGGGUUAGUAUCACCUAGGGUUCUCAAAAUCAAAUCAUUAUUCACUUAGGGUUUUAUUGGAGUUGUUUUUAUUUAAAGUUGAAAACUAUGGAUAUCAGUAGUUUUAUCUUUCUCAGAACAAGUUUGUUUGAUUUUCAGUAGUUUUUCCUUUUGGUUUUAAGUAACAGACAUAUGAUUUAGUAGUUUAUUUGGUUUAUUUACU